CCCUGAAAAUCUUCCACACAAUUUCUCAAAACUAGACAACGGUGGUCCACAUUAAUUAUUCAUAUAUUUACUAGUCAUAGUAAUAUGGAAAAGAUCUUGCUUCACUUUCCUAUCAUUUGCCCAAUUUAUUAAAUUGUAAUCAGCUUAUCAGAUUCUCAAUUCAAAGAUUCCGAUACAAGAAAAAAUAAAUAGAAUUUCUUACUUUGUUCUAAAAGAUGGAUGUCAAUGUCAUAACAUUUGGUAUCAUAAUCGGCAUAAUCGUUCUCUGCUUAUGCAUUGUUUGUUUCAUCACGAUUGAAGGCACUUGUAAACGCCCUUCUUAGUAAUUUCAUUCCGAAUAUCUCCCUAUAAACCCAUUUUUACAUUCUCCGUUAUUUCAGUUUCUUUUACACUUAAAAUUAAACUAACAAUGUCGUCUUUCGGGACCCAGAUCUUCAUUCUCUCUAUUUCAGCUGUAAUCUUACUCUCUGGGUUUCGCCAUCGAAACAACGCCGUCGCAUGACCACCACCACCACGAUAAUAAUGGGCAUCGGCAUACGGAGAAGAAAAUGUUGCUGCCGGAGGAGCUCGCUGAGGAGGAAGAUUUGAGAUUGUACGAAUUUGGGCCUCACUAUCAUGAUCAUCAUGUUGGUGAUUCGCCGCAAGGGAAUUUAGGCUGGAGCUAUGUAGGGGAUGCUUUUUGUCACCAAUUGCCUCACGCUUUUGAAUUUCCAUUCGUUAAAAUAAGCUAUCAUUGCCACAUUAAGGAGGCAUCUUGUCCAGCGCCACACGGAAGCUGUUUUUUCCAGUACUUGUUUAUAUGUCAGUUGUGGCCUGAAUCCACCCCUGACCAUGAGGAUCAUGCACAUCAUCAUUCAUCUUCGCAUUCUUUGAAAGAUCUUUUUGUUGGAAUAUCUGUUCUAGCGGGAAUUGUACUUUUUCUUCUUGUGGGGGAAUUGGUUAGAUAUGUUGAUGAGAACUCUGGAGAUGCUGAUUCAUGGGGUGAUGGUCACCACCACCGCUAUCAUAAUAGUAAGAAAUUAAGGGAUGAUGAUGAUGUUCGUGAAAAGAAGCAAUCACAAGCUUUCCACCAUAGAAAGAUUCCUCUAAUGCUUGGGAUGAUUUAUGUCAGGAAAAGAAUUUGGCUUCACAAGGAGCACAUACCAUGUAAGAGUGUGUUGGCAAAGAGACAAAAAAAAAGGGAAAUUAUCUGGCCUAGCCAUCAGCACAAACAUUUUGGACAAAAUAGAAAGACUUCCUCUAAUGCUGGGGAUGAUAAAGCAGAUGUAGAUGCCAUUGAUGGCUUGUCUGAUGAUGUUAAAUCUUUGGAACAGAAUCGAUCAUCAAAUCUUGUGUUUGGUUAUCUCAAUCUCUUUUCUGAUGGUCACAAUUUUACUGAUGGGAUGGCAUUAGUAAGUGCUUUCCUGCUUUAUGGAUCUGUUGGUGGGUGGUCUAGAACUCUAUUUUUGUUUGCCCAUGAGCUUCCUCAAGAGGUUGGCAAUUUUGGCAUUCUGGUGAGAUCAGGUUUCAGUGUAUCCAAAGCCCUCUUCUUCUUCUUUCUCUCUGCACUUGUGGCUUUAGCAGUAACUGCAAUGGCUUUGCUCUGGGGACAAGAUCCUGGGCAGUCAUCAUUGAUUGAGGGAUUUGCAGCAGAUGGAUUUAUCUACAUUGCUGUUGCUGGAGUGCUUGCAGAAAUGGAUAACAAUGGAAACUCAGCAUUGAGAAGUACUGCAGUCCAAUUAACUUCACUCAUAUUUGGCAUGAGUGUUGCCCUUUGUAUUUCGCUUGUUGAAUGAAUUUAGCAUUUGACAAUCUGUAACAUGUCCCAAAUUAACCAUGUAGGUAUAUAAUUUAUUUUAAUGGUUUUCAUUCUGUCAAUUUAUAAGCCAUUAUUAAGUUCUGCGUUUACAAAUUGUGACAGGAAGGAAAAUGGUUUUAUGGCAGGUAAUCAUAGCUGUAGUGAGAGUUGUACAAAAUAUGUUGAGGUUUGGGUCCUUGGUUACCAUUGCGCAUUAUAAGGGAGACUUGUUCUCUCUAAAUUUGUGGUGAUUGUUAGCUUCUCCCAGUUUCUUGUAGAUAAGUAACACAGGAAUCUCACAAAAAUCUCAAUUUAGCACUUGAAAAAUUGAUGACUUA